AAAAAAAAAAAAAAAAAAAAAAAGAAGAAGGGGGGGGAGGGGGGAAGCGAAGCCGACAUAACCGGACCUUACUCGCAGAUUCGUUUACCUGUGAAGGGCGUGUGAGGAGAGAGGCGAUUCAAAUGCGGACAAGCUGAUGAGACUAGGCCUCGCGGAGGCGGUCCCUCGUCGGCCGGCUGCGGGGUUGUACCGGGAAGAUGCCGGCAUCGUGAAGUGGGAAAUGGGACAGCAAGCGCGGCAGUUUGUUGUUGAGAUUGUGAAGUUGGGAGUGAGACUAGGUCACCACAGUGGAGGAAGAGAUUGUGAAGCUCUUGGAAGAUUGGGCAGGAGAGCCGACAGCGUGCAUGCUGUAGCAAAUUGCACCGUUGCUCCGAAGUGGAAGUGGAUGGGGUUCGUCCGUCGUUAUUGCCAAAAGCCCGCAAACGAGAGAUGGAGAGAGACAGACGAAGGCCAGGGAAUCCCCUCCACGAGCCGAACUUUUUUUGCGGAGAGUCCGCAAUCCCGCAAUCCGGUGAUCCACAAUAUACCGCAAGUGGGUUCCGUAAUCUGGAUCCGCAAUCGGGGCAGCGCUCCGUUGUCCGGAAGAGGUUGGGGCCGUAGUCGUGGGAAAAGACACGGCGACGAGAGGAGGACCACGAUUGACGAGCGUGUAACGAGCGGGGGAUGGGAGCCCGAUGAUUGGGAAAAAUGUGACUGGUGCGCAAAGGAAGCCCCAGGAUCCGCACCGGAUGAAGUAGCACCGACCUCGACGUCCAUCAUAGUCAGGAAAGACGAAGAGGCCGGUCUCUCGGUUUGUUUCUUUACAUUCCUGGUUAAAAGGACGGAGAUGAAGCUGGGGCAGGUGGAGAUGUUGGAAUUGUGAGAAACUGCUUGACAACGGAGGCUGGGGAGGGGUGCCUAACAGAAAUCUCUCUCUCUCUCAGCUACUAAAAUAUGAUGCGGGGUGAGAUUAUCAACGAAACAGUUGAAGACCUCGU